AUGAUAGGCUCGUCAGCAAGCUCAGAUAUCCCACAGCAAUCGGCUUCCAACCAACAAUCAGGUGCCCCACCGGCAUCCACGGAACCUUAUUCUCGGAUGGCCGAUGAUAACUCAUUUGCCUUGCCUGGAAGACGCGAUUCGCUGUUGGUGAAAGACGAUGAUCUCAAAGAUGAUGUUGCUACCAACUAUGGUCGCAAUGACUCCAUAUAUUUCCCUCGUUUAUCGUUUGAUACCAAUGGUCAACCCAUCUACUCAACAUCCGGUCCACCUCAGGAUAACUUCUACCCUCCUCCGGGAAAUAAUGGCGAGUACCAGCGCGGUUACUCUUUCCUGUUCCAUCCUCCGGGGGUCGGAAACCAGGUGGGGCAAGACCUGAAUCUUGGGCGUAGGCCCAGUGAGCAGCUUGAGCCUUUUUUCCCCUCAAACUACCCACGCUCACGUCAAAACAGCUACUUCGCUCGGCCUAGGCAGGGUUCUAUCCUGCCGAGCAACUCGAUUCCGGAGUCCCAGAGCGAUUUCGACAAUUUCCUGAAACGAGACAGCUUCAGAAAUGUGUUUGGCGAAUCUGGUGAUCUCUUGGAUAACCUGCCAUUGCAGGAAGGUGGCCAUUCGAGGUCCGGAUCGAGCUACAGCCACAGUCAGAUGCAGCAACAGCAGAUUCAGCAGCAACAACUUCAACAGCAGCAGUCACAGCAGCAGUCACAGCAACAGUCGCAGCUCCAAAUGCAACAGCCAACUGCAAUGGUGAAUUCAAUCCCGCCGCCGCCUGUUUUGCCAAUGCCAAUGCCAAAAAUUCAAGCAAAGGUUCCAGGCAAAAGGGCCAAUUCUGAAGGAAAUUCUGCAUUGAACACGUUGAAUGAUUACACCUUCCCGUCCGGUGAUGGCAAGGGCACGAAGAAGGAUUUAAACGCUUCUGCUGGUCAAUUCACGAAAAAGCAGCAGACGCGGUUGUUGCAACAGCCUCAGCAGCCCCAGCUCCAACAGCAGCAACUUCAACAGCAACUUCAACAACAACAGCUCCAACAACAACAACAACAACAACAGCAGCAGCAACAACAGCUCCAACACAUGGCCCAGCAACAACGCCAGCCGCAGGGCCAGCCACAUCUUGUUCCUGCAUCUGAAGUGCUGCACUCUGAAGAUGGUAGACCUCUUGUUGGUGCGACAAAAGUAGAUCAGCUGAUGCUAGUGAUCCAAGCGCGUAACAAGGGCAUGAUGAAGUCAAUUCCACAAGCCGAAGACGGGUCUAUUUUGGAAGAUACCGAUGCAAAUGGAUCUACUGUUUUACCCGCAGCCUCCGAGCUGGUUGGUGGAAUUGACAAGCCAACUACAAGGCGAUUGAAACAGCACCAGUGUCAGUAUUGUUCCAAGAAGUUCACCCAGGCGACCCAUCUGGAAGUUCACAUUCGGUCUCAUAUUGGUCUCAAACCAUACGAGUGCAAACAUUGUCACAAACGUUUUACACAGGGCGGAAAUUUGAGAACACACAUGAGACUCCACACUGGCGAACGACCAUACAAGUGUGACGACUGUUCGCGGAUGUUUUCGCGCAAAGGAAAUCUACAGGCUCAUCAGCUUACCCACAAGAAUGUGAGGCCUUUCUUGUGCAAAUUGGACAACUGUAACAAGUCUUUCACUCAACUGGGCAACCUCAAAGCUCAUCAGAACAGGUUUCACCUCGAGACGCUGAACAACCUAACUGCAAAGCUGGCUCAUCUUAAUGUAAUGAGCGAGACGGAUUUGCAGGUUGCUUUCGAGCAUUUGCCCCAGGAAGAGAAGGAGUUGCUUCAGUACUUUUCCGGGUUGUACAAGAACCUCAAUCGGGGCAUCCGCGGUCGUGGAAAGAGGUCCAGUUCAGAAGAAUUCAAGAAGGAGGAAAGUGUCGGGUUUUCUAGCGGGUGGAACUGA